CCGGGCGCCGCUGGGCGCUGCUGCCGCCGCCGCCGCUGCUGCUGCUGCUGCUGCUGCCGCCCCCGGCCCGCGGCAGUUGUGGGCCGUUGCCCAAGUUAACCUACGCAGAGCCCCCGGAGGAGGAGAAGCCUAGGGAAAGCUUUGCUGUUGGCUCCAAAAUAACAUACAGAUGCGUUCAAGGCUUUGCUAAACUGCCCAGGAUGCCAGACACGGUAGAGUGCCUUGAGAGCUCCCAGUGGUCCCAUCUCCUCGAAUUCUGCAAUCGUAGCUGUUCUAGCCCACGACGUCUAAGCUUUGCUAAAAUAUCAGAAGAAUAUGAAACCAAGAAUUUUUAUGCUGUUGGGAUCACUGUGAGUUAUGUUUGUCGCCCAGGCUAUGAGAAAGUCAGUGAAAGGCUCCUCAACAGUACCUGUCUUGAAAAUUUAACGUGGUCAGAAGUUCCUGAGUUAUGUCCAAAGAAAUCUUGUGGCAUUCCAGCAAAUCCAAAACAUGGCAAAGUUGCUAAAACAGAUCAUCUCUUCGGUGCAAAAGCAAAUGUAAUUUGUGAUGAUGGGUACAGGCUGGUAGCACAGUCACCUUUCAUCCAUUGCGUGCUAAGAGGAAACGACGUUGCCUGGAGUAAACUCCCAGCUUGUCAGGCUAUUGCCUGUGCUCCACCUCCAGCCAUUCGCAACGGGAAGCACAACGGCAGCAGUAUGGACGAGUUCAGGUACAACUCGGUUGUGACUUACACAUGUGACCCUGGUCUUCGACUUACUGGAAAUGAAAGUCUUCGUUGUGUAACUGAAAAUAAGAUCCAUGGUGUCUGGAGUGGGCCUCCUCCUGAAUGCAAAGCUUUUUUCUCUGUAGUUGACACUAUGAAAGUGACAACCGCAACUAAACUCUUAGAAGAUGAAAGAGCAGAGAAUCAUCAUAUCUUAGCAUUUAUCCUUAUCCCUAGUUGCAUUGGAGUCUGUAUACUUCUAGUCUGGGUCAUCAUGAGGUGGAAGAAAAAAAAGAAAAAACAUUCUUAUGAUACAUAUUCCCCAGAGCAUGAAAUUAAGAGAACGGAUCUGCAGGAGAGUGAAACAGAGCCGGAUAAUGAAAAGAGAUCUGUGCCAUGGCAUCACUUUUUCUGCCACCGCACGAGCUGCCACGUGUGCCCCAGCUGCGAGGCCGGGCUGCACGCGCACCUGGGCCGGCCGGCCGGCCGCCUCUGCACCGCCUGCGGGGACUGGCAGCGCGCCCGGCACGGCCCCGCUCCCACCUACUCAGCCCUGAGCAUCAGCGGCGCCCAGAGCCAAAACCUGGCAGACAGAAGUUCUACUGACAAAGCUCCAGAUUUGCUGAAGAGAGACUUUGCAGAAGAAGAAAUUUUGGAGAGGCAUGAAGCAGAGCAGCCUGGGAACCGGGAAAGACCCGCUCACAUUUGUCCCCUCUGCGAAGACUGGCUGCGCACCCACCUCGGCCAGCGCGAAAGCGCUCCCGCAGCACCCGCGGAGCCGGCGGCGCCUCCCAGCCGGCAAGGAGCGGGCGCCGGCGGGGCCCUGUGCCCGGCCUGCGAGGACCAGCUGUACCUUUCCCUGGUGCCCGGGGCCGAGCAGGGCUGCUACGCCUGCCCGCUGCGCGGGGCCGGGGCGGGCGCGCACCUGGUGCCCGCCUGCGCCCCUGCCUGCCAUGCCUGCCCCCGCUGCCGGGCGCCGACCCACGCUCACCUCUGCCAGCGCCGGGACGGACGCACGGCCGCCCCGCAGGACGCCGACCCGCGGUGGGUUUGGUUCUGGGGUCAAGGUGCCACAAAUGAGGGAGAACAGCCCUCGCUCCACGGCGGCAGCCGCGGAGUUUCCUGCCAGCGGAAAAGCGGGCGGAGCCGGCGGCAGGAGCAGGGCCCGGGGACGAGGCUGCGUGGGGAAGGGCAGAGACAAGUCUCCUCCCCUGCCCCGGCUCCUCAUGCUCUGCCAGGUGACUGCGGGCCGCCCCCGAGGUUCUCCUUCGCGGAGCCCCCCGCGUCUGUGAACACCUCCUACCCCUUCGGGAGCAGUCUGAGGUACAGGUGCCGCCCGGGGUACACUGGAGCCAGCGGCAAGUCCCCCUUCGUCACCUGCCACUCGAACUCCAGCUGGUUGUCGGAAAACAAUUUCUGCAUCGGAAAACCGUGUGGUCCACUGGAUAUAUCUAAUGGCAGAUUUGAUUACACAACUGAUCUCCGAUUUGGGGCAGUCGUGAACGUCACCUGUAAUGAAGGGUACCGAAUAAUUGGGGAAUCAUCUCUACAAUGUAUACUUCAAGGCAAUGACGUUGCUUGGAGUGAUGCUCCACACUGUGAAAUUAUUCCCUGUAUGCCACCUCCUGAGAUUGCAAAUGGACAGCUCAGUGGUGACAGUGAAGACUUUACCUUUGGCUCAACUGUUACUUACAGCUGUCACCCUGGCUUUUCUCUCAUUGGAGAGUCCACGAUUCACUGUACGUCAGUUGAUAAAUUGAAUGGAAAAUGGAGUGGUCCAGCCCCUGAAUGCAAAAUGGUCAGAUGUCAAAAUCCCGAAGUGAAAAGUGGGGAGAAGGUGUCUGGUUUCGGCACUGAGUACACAUAUAAAGAAACAGUCACUUUUCAAUGUAAACCUGGUCAUGUUUUGAUUGGUAGUAGUACCGUCACUUGUGAAGCAGACAGUAUGUGGAAACCAUCUCUGCCAACUUGUGAAGCACGUUACUGUGGUACUCCUCCAAGCUUCGCUUUCGCUGAAUUAACAAGUGCUGUGAGCGACCAGUCUUUGGCUGAAACUAAGUUGACUUACAAGUGUAAACCAGGUUAUACUGCAGCAAGUGGAAAGUCUUCUAUUGUUACUUGUCUGAUAAAUACAACUUGGUCUUCAGACCCUGACUUCUGUAUACGAAAGCAAUGUUCUUCUCCCCAAAUAAACAACGGGAAAGUAAUAGCAGACAAUUUCCAGUUUGAGACAACAGUGAGUUUCACCUGUAAUGCUGGGUAUAAAUUAAAGGGGUCAUCUUCCAGCACAUGUGUGAUUUCAGGAAAUGGAGUUGGCUGGGAUACAGCAUUUCCAAGCUGUGAAAGACAGCUCCCUGAUGUUUUCUGUGGACCGCCACCUACGAUUGACAAUGGAAUACACAAUGAAACAACAAAAAGCAGCUUUCUUCAUGGCUCUGUUGUAGUCUAUGAAUGUAAUAAGGGCUUCAUCCUUACUGGAGAGGCCUCUAUUCGCUGUGUAUUAGAAGAUGAAUCUCAUGGAGUCUGGAGUAAGCCUACUCCUGAAUGCAAAGGACAGCUCCCUGAUGUUUUCUGUGGACCGCCACCUACGAUUGACAAUGGAAUACACAAUGAAACAACAAAAAGCAGCUUUCUUCAUGGCUCUGUUGUAGUCUAUGAAUGUAAUAAGGGCUUCAUCCUUACUGGAGAGGCCUCUAUUCGCUGUGUAUCAGAAGAUGAAUCUCAUGGAGUCUGGAGCAAGCCUACUCCUGAAUGCAAAGGCACAGCUAACAAAAUCAUUGCUGGAAUUCUGCCCCUCUUCCUGGCAAUCCUGAUUAUUCACUUUUAGGCUCAAGAAGAGGCAACUGGAAGAGCCAGAGCAACCCCUUGGAGAGCGCUGAAUGGUAGAUGUACUGGACUUGUCUCGUUGAUCUCAGGAUUUCACUCUUGUGAGACUGAACUAGAAGAAGUAAUCUGCAAACUUUAGAUGAAAAAAAAAUGGCUUUGAUCCUCUAUCAUGCUCUCCCCUACUGCCUGGGAAGUGCUUAUGCUUUUGGUUGCAGGUGUAACAGCUGCAUGAUGUGUUGAACAUACAGCAGCUUGCAUAUGUGGCCUGUGCUGGAUGGUUCCUGGCCCUCCAGAUGAAACUACCAUUCAGAAAUCAAGUGCAGUUAUGCCCCUGCUAAGUAGUAAUGACACCAAAGACCUUCAUCCUGCAGUAUUGUAGACUCAUGAAAAUAGGGCUUUUCAGGUACCUCCAUGUUUUGUUUUUCAGCUCCACUAAGGUGGUGUUCUGUUGGAUCCUAAUUGCGAUUUACAAGUGUCGUAAGUGUUCUGAGGUGAAAAGUGAUGUUGGUACUGAGAGGGUUAACAGUGACUGUCUUCCUGUGAGCAAUAUACACUAGAGAAAAUUAAGACUGAUGUUCGACUUGUGCUUCCUAUUCUUAUUAUCUGUAGGUAUGGAGAGACCUGAGAAUAUUCACGUAAGUGUUUGCUCUAGUUUUUACUUCAAGGCAAGGUUGUUGUGCAAAUAGCAAUCCAUAUAAAUUGGUACUUUCCCUGGAGAAAAAUAUUUAAAUGCCUUAUUUCAAAGAACUACUCUUUUGACUCUUCCUGUAGGUACUGAAAAUAACCUUGUGGUCUCUGCAGUGGCAAUGUCUUUGUAUCUUAUCAAAGCUUUUCUCUUCCUGCCUUGCAGAAACUCUUCUUGUCUCUUCAUUGACUUUACGCUUAGGAAGUGGCAAAGUGGAUUGCUUGGCUGAAAACUCUGGGGAGAAAGUUAAACAGAAUGGGCGUUUCACAGCGUCAGUGGAGCUUGUCCCCAGGCAGGUGGUGUUCAGUCUACAGCAAUGUCAUGGCAACUGAACGCAGAACCUGCACGUGGCUUUGCAGAUGCUACCAAACACCAGAAAGUCACCUCAUCUGAACUUUUCACUUUCUGUCCCCAUGCUUUCUGACUGAUAGGAAAUCAGUGUCUUAAUUUGCACCUGAAAGCUGUUUGCUGGUUUUGGACAGUGGUGCAAGGGGCUAUGCAGCCCAACUGCACCAUCCAUCCGGUGGUCAUGUGGGGCUGCGCAAGGAUAGAGUAGGAGUGUAGACCCCCAGUGCAAAGAAGGCUUGGGACCAGCUCAGCUCUGGAGGCUUCUCUUGGCUGCUGGGAAGGUGAGGGAGCAAAAACUCUUUUGGUGGCCAGUUGUGCUAACAGCUCAGGGAAGUUUCCUAGUCCAGUGCUGUGGGCAGUGGUGACACGUGGGGAGAUCUUGGUGUGGCUCGUUGAGCAAACGUAGGUGCUGCUGUGCAGAAAGCCAAACCCUUGGUGCAGUCAUCUGUGGUAAUUGGGGCAUGAAACUGCCUCUGCUAUGUAUUUUGCUUUCAUCCUGCCAAAACUGGCCUAGUUAGGUGUUGCGUUGAGGAUAGUUCAAGAAGGGUGUAGGGUAUAGAUGAGUGAGAAAGCACGCGAAAAUAAGGUAUGCUGUCCACUCCUUUCUUUCUUGAUUCAGGCUUUUUAGGUGCCAUGGAGACAGCUCAAAUAAUGAGAUCUCGCUUACCAUGUAUAAACCAAAGAUGGAGGCAGAAAUUCCCUUGAUUUGCUGGCUGAUGGUCGGUCUUUGCUACAGUGACACUGUCUUUCCUGAUUUUAACAGAACUGAGUUAAACGAUCAGAGGGUUAAAUUAUCAAUCUGCUGGCUUUGCAUAAUGCGUAACCAGGAAAGGGAAGCAUUCAAAAUGCACAUACAUACUACUGACUUCUUUGUUUCUGCUGUUUCUUCUGUUUAUUAGUGCUUUCCUGUUAAUAGGAACAUGCGCCUAAUUAUAGGGAAAAACACGUGCCGUAGUUUCCAUCAGUAUGUUAGCCUCAUUACAAAUAAACUUCUCCUUUCCAUCUGGGAGGUUUUUCUGAUUGACCGUCUUUGUGGUGCAGCAAAAUAACUGUUUUCGGAAGUAAGUCUUACCAAAUAAGAAUUUGCAAAUUGGUGGGUUUGGGUUUUUUUAAUAAGCCGGGUGAAUGACUAUAGGAACAAAAUACAAAUUUAAAGCCUAGUAGCUUAGUGCUGUGUUCUGUUUUGUUAUCUUAAUCUCUGCACAGUCGUCAUCCUUGCUGUGUAAUUCAGUGAUUUUUUCCAAAUGAGUUAGCUUCUGUUACCAGGGUUGAGCUUGAAGCGAUCCAUCCUUGGCCAAGUGGAAGGAGCCGUAAACACUGUGACAAAGUUUACAAGUGCGGCCACUAAGAUUUGCAGUUGAAAGAGCGCGAAUGUACUGUGAAUACAACCGAGUUGUACAUAAUUUUCCUUUGUAAUGUAAAUGUAACAAAUCAAAUUAAAUUAUGAAGCUUAAA